AUGAGAUUCCUCAGCAUUGCCGCUGGCUUACUGUCGACAAGUUACAGUAUACUAGCUUGCGCGGCCGAGUCCAGCAAUAGUAAUGCGCAAACCCUUCUUGCCAAGGACUUUAAACCCCCUCAGGUUUUCAAGAAUACGAAUUUAGUGCGAAACACAAACUUGGAAAAAGGAUACGUCCGUGAAACGAUCAAUGUGGUGGUGCAGAAUACAGACAAGAAGCCACAAAGCGACUAUUAUGUGCCAUUUCCAGCUGAUGUGUUCAGCCACAUUGGAGGAUUUGAAGUGCGCAAUAAGAAGUCUCCAGAGAAAGGAAGCUUUCCAGUGACAGCUGUAGAGGUCGAUGGUGACAGCCCUCAAUUCUAUAAAAUCCAGUUCCCGGAGCCCCUUUCGCCAUCCUCGCAAACGACCCUCAGUAUCUCAUACUAUAUUCUGAAUUCUUUUAGCCCUCUGCCCAAAUCUAUUGGACAAUCGGAUUCGCAAUUCUUGACAUACACCCUAAAUGCCUAUGCGCCAUCCGCCUACGAGGUCGAGACACAAAAGACCAAAGUCAAGUUCCCAACUCCGCAUGUUCCCGAGUACACCACGACAUCGAAAUUGAAGACUGGAAACGACCCGGAGAAGCAAGGAAGUACCUUAACGUAUGGACCCUACACCAAGGUGGCACCGGGCUCCACGUAUCCCCUUACCUUCCGUUUCGAAUCUACAAAGCCCGUUCUUGCUAGCUCUCUGUUGGAGCGCGAUAUUGAAGUUUCUCACUGGGGAGGCAACCUAGCCAUAGAGGAACGCUACUGGCUUCGGAACGACGGUGCAAACUUGUCCAAGAACUUUGACCGUGUUGAAUGGGCCCGUCAAUCUUACGGGUCAGGUGCAAGCUCAGCAUUGCAGGAGCUCAAAUACCCGCUUAAGCCCGGAUCGGUGGAUCCUUAUUUCACAGAUGACGUCGGUAACGUCUCUACAAGUCGUUACCGCCCUGGAAACCCGGGUCGCGAAGCUCAUCUCGAGUUGAAGCCUAGGUAUCCAGUCUUUGGUGGUUGGAAAUACAGUUUCCGUGUGGGAUGGAACAACCAUCUUUCCUCGUUCUUGCGCAAAGUCGGUGCCGAAUCGUACGUUCUCAAGGUGCCCUUUGUUGAAGGCCCCAAGACCGCUGAAGGUAUUCAAUACGAUCACGUCGUUGUUCGUGUAGUUCUGCCCGAGGGUGCAACAGAUGUUAAGUAUGAAAUCUUGGAAGGCGAUGCACCAAAUGGUCUCCCAGAUUCAUCGUAUAUCCAAUCUAGCAUUUCAAAGCACCGCACGUAUAUGGACACGAUUGGCCGAACGGCAUUGACUCUCAAAGUUGAUAACCUGUCAGACGAGGCGAGGGAUUCACAACUAUUGGUCACAUAUACCUACCCCUUUACAGCUGGACUUCGCAAGCCUCUAACCGUCGCUGCGGGUCUUUUCAGCGUCUUUGUUGGUGUGUGGUUCAUUGGAAGCUUAGAUGUGAGCAUCAAGAAGCGGUAA